GAAUUAAAAACGAAUUCAAAGAAUUAUGAUAUAUGGUUUGAUUAUGCACGAUUAGAAGAGAAUGCAGGUGAUUCACAGAAAGUUCGAGAAAUUUAUGAGCGAGCAAUUGCACAAAUGCCGCCAACACAAGAAAAAAGAUUUUGGCGACGAUAUAUUUAUUUAUGGAUUUACUACGCUCUUUAUGAGGAACUCGAAACGAUGGAUUAUGAACGGACAAGACAAAUAUAUCAAGAAUGUAUUAAAUUGAUCCCUCAUAAGAAAUUCACAUUUGCGAAAAUGUGGUUACUUUACGCUCAAUUUGAGGUACGGCAAUUGAAUUUACAAGCUGCCAGGAAGACUCUGGGAAAUGCCAUAGGCAUUUGUCCAAAAGACAAGCUUUUUAAAGGAUACAUCGAAUUAGAGUUGCAGUUGCGGGAAUUUGAUCGUUGUAGAAUUUUAUACACAAAAUAUUUGGAACAUAAUCCAGCCAAUUGUUAUGCAUGGAUAAAAUUUGCAGAACUAGAAAGAAUGCUAGGAGAUUAUGAUCGCUGCCGUGCAAUUUUCGAGCUUGCUGUUGAACAACCUAUACUGGACAUGCCGGAAUUAUUAUGGAAAGCUUAUAUCGACUUCGAAUUUUCUGAAGAAGAAUUCAACAAAACAAGACUGUUAUAUGAAAGAUUGUUGGAAAAAACCGGUCACGUUAAAGUUUGGAUUAGUUUUGCUCAAUUUGAAUUAAAUGCUGAUGAAGGAAAUCGUGAAAUAGCUGUUGAACGAGCUCGUAAAGUGUUCGAGAAAGCCUAUGCCAGUAUGAAAGAGAAAGAAUUAAAAGAAGAG